CUCCCUUCCGCCGAACCCCGGUCCCUCCUCGACCUCCGAUUCGACUCGCAGUCACAGUUCCUCUGCCUCGCCGCCCCCGCGCUACAUCCCCGCCCAUCUGCAGGACGAAGUGCUGGGCAGCAAAUCCCAGCCUGCUGCUGCCCGUUCCCCGACCCCCGACUCCGCCAGUAGUCUUCUCGACCUUCCGUCUAAGGCCUGCGCGGGUCUCUCCCUGUCCAGCGAUCCCGCCUCAGACAUGUCUGCUUCCGACCAAAGAGACGACAGCGCCCCGUCCGGCGAGCGUGCGCCCCGUUCGCCCUCCCCCAGUGUGAAACGGCCCGAGGUCGAACAAGAUACGGAAAUGAAUCUAGGUGCGACAGACCCGGCUUCCCAAACCAACAACCCGGACUCGAUGGAUACCUCCGGGUCAGACGACAGUAGUCCCGCGAGCAACGAUGCGGGGUCUGGUUCGGACAACGUUUACCCGACCCCAUCGAGCAUGUCGACAUAUACCGCUCCCUCCGCGAGUCGCAACAGCACCAAAUCCAAAUCCUCCGUGGCAUCGGCCGACCGCCCGUCCUACGACGACCAGGUUGCCAAGGUGACCUGUCUGAUGCAGCAACCUCUGCAGGACAAACAGAAAGGCUAUGUGGUGUCCAUGGGCUGGCUGAAACGGGUCCUCGCCCGAAGCGCGACCCAUGGAGGCACCACGGACAAGACGGCCACGGAAGGGGAGGUCGGCCCGGUCGACAAUUCAGAUUUGGUCUUGGUGACGGAUCCCGCCCUCGCCGGCUUGAAAGACGAGGCCGGAGAGCCGUUCGUGCCUCUGCGGCCCGGUCUUCAGAUGUCGGAGGAUUUGGAGAUCGUCCCGCAGGAGGCCUGGGAUCUGAUCGUCGAAUGGUACGGUCUCGCCGAUCAGUCGCCCAUUAUCGUCCGUUACGCCCACAACACCAGCCCAGUGGGCGCUGCCGAAAACGUCCAGUACGAGAUCAACCCUCCCAUCUUUACGAUCCUGAAGCUCCCCAAUCCGUCCACGGGCACGACGCCACAUGCCCUGAAGGACAAGGCAAGGAAGCCGGCCAGGGUGCUGUCGAGUCGACAUGCAAAUGCUCAGAAGUGGCUGAAAGAAGCCAAGGGUUUGGCCAAUGUCAAUCUUUCCACCAAGGUUCGCAUCUGGAGAAUCCUGGGCGGCCUAACCAGCGCAACUGGGUCGGCCGCCAUCACCCCGGCCGCUUCUCGCAGUGCCUCCCCAGCGCCGACCGCUGCGGGUGCUUCCAAUGCGGGUAGCAAUCUUGUCAUCGACUCCAACACGUUUCUCUCCUUGUCCGAGGGCGCGCAACGGGAGGCCAUCGAUCUCAAAGACCAGACGGCCAACGAGAAUUUCAACGGCAAAUCCUCGCUGGACUUCGUCGGACUUGGUGCUAGCGCAGUGCUCGUUCUCGAGGAACGUGUGCCCGGCCCCAAUGGCGGAACCUGGGCCUCGGAGGUGUCAAAGCACACGUUGAGUCGCCUUGGAAUCACGAAUGGCACCACUACCACUACCGCCAAAAAGGAGACGACGUCGAAGUUGAAGGCCCAGAGCCCACCUGCCAGUGGGCGGACCUCCCCUGCGCCGGAGCCCAUCAGGGGGCGCAAGAAGGACGGCAAGCCUCGUGGAAACACUGGUCUGAGUAACCUGGGAAACACCUGUUACAUGAACUCGGCCUUGCAAUGCGUGCGGAGUGUCGAGGAACUCUGCCACUACUUCUUGAAUGACAGAUACAAGAAAGACCUCAACCCCAGCAACCCGCUGGCUCAUAACGGCGAGGUUGCCAAGGCUUAUGCCAACUUGCUGCGGUCAAUCUACGACGAGUCGGCGCCGUCGUCGUUCGCUCCUCGGCAGCUGAAGAACACCAUUGGUCGCUACGGUCCUGCUUUCUCCGGAUAUGGACAGCAAGAUUCCCAGGAGUUCCUUCUGUUCCUCCUCGAUGGUCUCCAAGAGGACUUGAACAGGAUCCAGAAGAAGCCAUACAUUGAGAAACCCGACUCGACCGAUGAGAUGGUCCAUAACAAGGCGGCCCUCGCUGACUUUGCUGAUCGAUGCUGGGACAUCUACAAGGCCCGCAACGAUUCUGUCAUCACGGACUUGUUCGCCGGUAUGUAUAAGUCGACUCUGAUCUGUCCGGCGUGCGACAAGGUCAGCAUCAUCUUCGACCCGUUCAACAACCUCACGCUCCAGCUGCCGAUCGAGAAUGUCUGGAACAAGAAUAUCUACUACUUUGGUCUCGACAAGAAGCCGGUGCUCAUCGACAUUGAAAUCGACAAGAACUCCAGCAUUAAGGCGCUCAAGGAGCUUUUGGCCAAGAAGAUGGGAUCGGAUCCGGAGAAGCUGAUCAUGGCCGAGAUCUACAAACGGAAGUUUUACAAGAUGUUCGACAAUCUGAGCUCCAUCGCCGAGACCCAGAUCGGCGGGAACGACGACAUCGGUAUUUUCGAGGUCGAGUCCGUGCCAACCAAUUACGACCCGGACAAGGCCCCGCGUGGAUAUUACGCCUUCGGUCGCUCCGACCAUGAAGUGAUCCCUUCCAUCGACUCCCCCAAGGCUGAGAAAAUGCUGAUCCCGGUUUUCAAUCGGGUCGAGUACCGGAAAUCCAACGGUUACAAGAACAGUUCCUGGCGGCUCUUCGGCGUCCCCUCGUAUGUUGUCAUCAACCGGGACGAGGCUUACUGCUACGACAGUAUUAUCCGAAAGCUUCUGGUCAGGGCUAGCACCAUGACCACCCGCGAUUUCCUCAAUGAGGAAGUGCCGGGCGAGGACACCCAGCAGGAAGACUCGGACACCGUUGUCAUGAACGACGACGAUGCGCGGUCGGCCGAUUCCAAGAUCAAGACAUCUUCCGUGGACGGCGAGGACGGGAUGGUGGACGUCUCCAUGCGCGACGCGUCCGACGCGGGCUCCCAGAAGGCUAAGCAUCACUCGGAUGCUAUUGAGAGCACCAUCCCUUCAAGAUUCCGGGAUCUCUUCGAGGUGAAGAUCAUGAAGGGUUCGAAUGAAGCUGUUCCAACCGGCUUCUCUUCGUUGGAGGACGGCAAGAACUGCCCUAGGAUGGCUUUCCGCAGGACCAAGCCGGCUAGCGUACCGAAAGAGUCCGAGAAGACCAACGGCAGUGAAGGCUCCGGCCAGGAGAGCGCGAGCAGCGCCUCGGAUAGCAGCUCAGAUGGGCUGAACGCCGACUCUCGGCCCGCAACCCCCAAGGCUCCGGUUCAAACCCGUCCCUUUGUGUGUCCAGGGGAGGGUUUGGUUCUCGACUGGACCGAGGAGGCCUACGAUGCCUUGUUCUCGGAAGAUAAGGACCCUCAUUCGGUCCGUGGCAAAGCCACUUGGGCCAAUGUGGAGAGGCUGCAAGACCCUGAGCUCGCCAAGCGACGCCAAUUGCGGCAGACGCGCAAGAAGCGGGGCGUCUCGCUUUACGAGUGUCUGGACGAGUUCAACAAGGAAGAGGUGCUCUCCGAGAACGACGCUUGGUACUGCCCUCGCUGCAAGGAGCACCGCCGCGCCAGCAAGAAGUUCGAGCUGUGGAAGACACCAGACAUUCUGGUCAUGCACCUGAAGAGAUUUAGUGCCACUCGCAGUUUCCGAGACAAGCUGGAUCUCCUGGUCGACUUCCCGGUAGAGGGGCUUGAUAUGACCGGCCGCGUCGAGUGUCCCGAAGAUGGUAAGAGCCUGAUCUAUGAUCUGUUCGCCGUCGACAACCAUUAUGGCGGGCUUGGCGGUGGUCAUUACACGGCGUACGCCAAGAACUUCAUGACGGGCCAGUGGAAUGAGUAUAAUGACUCCUCCGUCUCGAGGGCGCUUGACCCCCAGAACGUGGUCACAUCGUCCGCCUAUCUCCUGUUCUACCGCCGCCGAUCCGAACGCCCACUAGGCGGCAAGGUCCUCGAGGAGAUCACCGAGUCAUCCACACGGCCAUCCAGCGAAGCCGGGUCCCACAACCCGUCCCGGGCGCAGUCCCUGUCGGGGGAAGGCCGGCGCUUCGGCGAUUCCUCUCGCAAUGGGUCGUCGAGCGGAUCAGCCGGAGCCGGAGCAGCUCCCCAGUCGGGCGGUGGCUCACAGGAUGGAACGCGCCCGGCUAAAAAGGACCAGCCGCCGCAGUACUCGCACAGCCCUACAGCCGGGGAAACGAGCCUCGACGGGGCGCACCGACAGGAAGGUAUGAACAAUGAAGAAGCUGAGUUUGGCGACUCCACCACGACCCAUUUCCCGGAUCCGCCCUUCUGGUCGUUCGAUCGAAUCUCGGAUGCUCACUACGGCCCUUCGCAGAUGACUACAACAACAACAGCGCUCCCGGGAUCCAUCUCUGAUAACGACAGCCGGCUUGGUAUCGAGGAUGACGACGACGACGAAAUCGCCAGCGACUGCGCUGUCGGCGGUGGAGACCUCAGCGAUAACGAUUUUCCCUUGGCCUCUUUGACGGAUAGUCCGUUUGGCACUGGACCCGGAUGUCCCGGGACUCCUAUGGAUGAAUUCGUGCAGGAUCUCGUUCCGCCCCCGCUGGAUGGCGACGACGAUGACGAGGAGAUGCCCGUGGUGGAGCUACGAGCGGAGGAUGAUCAGUCCUAGCUAUGAGACGUGAGGAUGAGGAUAUGAGACGCAGGAGGUUUACGAAUAGAUAGGGUCGCCGAUAGGCGAGGCCCGAACAUUUCAGCAGACGGUUGCUUAAGCAGUUGGUCUUUUUCUUUUUCUU